UCCUUCUCUGCGCAGGCGCCAGCUCCACCCUCGGCCGGGGCGGGGCUUCCGGGGUCGGCUCCGCCCUGGGCUCAGGGCUCGACUGGGAGCUGCUGGCGAGGCCCGGUCGGAGCGGCCGGAUGCCCGCGCGCGCCGCGGCUCAGCUUUCCCGCAAAAUGGGGCAAAAAAAGCAGCGGCUAUUGGAGGCAGAGCAGUGUCACAGCCCACCAGAUGGAGCCCAGGCGCCCUCCCACAAGGAGCCUCGCUGGGGGCCAUGUGCCACCCUGUGCCCACAGCGCAGCAUCUAUUUCUCAAGCCCAAAGGGCCCCUCUGCACAGCUGGGAUCAGAGUUUUUCGACCAGCCUGCAGUCUGCCUGGCCCGGGCUCUUCUGGGACAGGUCUUGGUCCGGCGGCUUGACAAUGGCACAGAGCUCCGUGGCCGCGUUGUGGAGACUGAGGCAUACUUGGGGCCAGAGGAUGAAGCUGCCCACUCGAGGGGUGGUCGGGAGACCACCCGCAACCGUGCCAUGUUCAUGAAGCCAGGGACUCUGUACGUGUACAUCAUCUACGGCAUGUACUUCUGCAUGAAUAUCUCCAGCCAAGGGGAGGGCGCGUGUGUCCUGCUGCGAGCCCUGGAGCCCCUGGGGGGCCUGGAGAUCAUGCGGCACCUUCGCAGCACCCUCCGCAAAGGCCCUGCCAGCCGAGCCCUCAAAGACCGUGAGCUCUGCAGUGGUCCCUCCAAGUUGUGCCAGGCCCUGGCCAUCGAUAAGAGCUUCGACCAGCGGGACCUGGCCAAAGAUGAGGCAGUGUGGCUGGAACAGGGCCCCCCGGGGGGCCCUGAGCCUGCUGUGGUAGCAGCAGCCCGAGUGGGCAUUGGCCAUGCAGGAGAGUGGGCCCAGAAGCCGCUGCGCUUCUAUGUCCAAGGCAGCCCCUGGGUCAGCGUGGUAGACAGAGCAGCCAAGCAGGCUGCACAGGCUGAAGCAGGGGCCUGCUCGGACACGACUUUUUAAUUGUUUAAAAAUCAAAUAAAUGCCUUACUUCUAGAAAA